AUGGCUCGAGGAAACAAGGACAAGUCUGCAUCCAAGGGAGCUGCAGACAAAUCGAAAAUUAGCGAAGCUCAAGGAACUGAGAAAGACUCGAGGGCCGCAAAAAGCUCCGAGACCACGUCUGAAUUGGAGCCAGCUGUGCCUGAAGCAAACGAGACUAAAGAUGCAGGUGUCAACGCUGUCGCCCAAAACGAUGGUCAAUCUUUGCCUAACGACCAAAAGAGAACUCCUGAAAAAAGUAUAGUGUCAUCUAAUGGUGAAAAGGGGCUAGAUGCUGGGAAACCAGCCCUCGAUACUACUGCCUCGACAGCUAGCGGAAUAGCGCAGCUCUCAUCGAAAGAAUCAGAAGCUCGGAAAACAGUGGAAACAAUAUCUGAUACUGCGAAAGAAAAUAGUGGGAAAACCGAGCCUACUGAAGAAACGAUUGUUGAUUCACACACUGCCGCGCAAGUCGACGCACUGGCAAGUAUGUCGCCAGAGGAGCGCGAAGCAGAGCUCCGGAGUCAAGUCACGAGCCUCAACACGAAGCUGGUAUCCGCGAUCAAUCGCAUGUCUGACUUGGAAGAUGAAUUGAGCGUUACGCAAAAUACAUUGGCGGUUAAGUCAUCGCGGCUCGAUGAGCUUAGCAAGGAACGCGACCAGUAUAUUUCGGCUUUGGACACUGGUUUGUUGGUGGAAAAAUCACAUGUGACGUCAGAAAUGCAGCGCAUGAUGGAGCGCGUCGUUGACGAAACGGCACAGAGAGGCAAAGCCGAGAAUGAUCGGACUCGCAUUGAAGCUGAACUGGAGGAGCUCAGCGCGUCGCUCUUCAACGAAGCGAACAAGAUGGUUGCCGUUGAGCGCCUACAGCGUACACGUGUGGAAGAACGAAGCCGUGAGCUUGAAGCAACACUUCAUGAUACCGAACGCAUCAUGGCCGAUCACCAAGACAUGCUAAAGUCUCUGCAAUCAGAGAUCGAAGUGCUACGAAGACAGCCUAUCACUCCAACUUUUUUAUCUCAGGCACCUUCCGAACUUGCCAAGCCUACUCUCCAUAUUUUUGUGAACGUGCCUCCGUAUCAGGAAUUUCUGGCUUUCCUUGCGUAUUUGCGCAGCUUGCAAAUGCAGCUAGAGCCCUACUUUAUGAUGUCGCGAAAUGGUGUUGACUGGACGACAGCGCCGCCCUCGUCGCCGGCACCGUUCAUGGGCAGUGUUAUGGCUUCUUCAAGCACAAACUCGCUAUCUGCUACUCGUCAUCGUGAUUACCCUCAUUUGCCCAUGUCUGCUGAACAAUUAGUACAUGUUUCAUCCCAAACAUCACUGCCAUUUAUCCGCCGCAUGCUCGAAGAAGAUACAGAUCCUUGUCUUCGGCUGGCCCAAGCGCCUGGUCUAAACUGGCUCGCUCGCAGACAAGCAUCUGCUGCUGUAUUGGAUGGUGACGUUAUGAUUGAGCCGAUUUUUGCAGGUGGUAUUGUUCCUGACGAAAGGGCCAUAAGGGAUGAAUACGGUGCUCUUCCGCCCGUUCCCUGUGCUAUUUGCUCGACACCAUUGCUGAAUGUCACCCCUGUCAUGGAUGGGACAAGUUCCUCAUCUACAUCCGAUGCAAAUCCAAGCCGGUCGAACUCGAUCAGCUGGUCCAAUUCAUCUGGUCGUCGCGGCUUCCCAUCGUUGUUUCAGACGCUUCGUCGGAGUCAUACAGAGCGCUCGUGGACGCCGCCUAUCGAGCCCGAAGGGAAGGACAAGGAGCAAAGUGAUUCGUCUUCUCGUGGAUCUGCCUCUUGGCAUGCGGACUCACUGCCUAUCCCUACCCACUAUUUCCGUCUCUCAGAUCAGGCCACGAAUCGGUAUUUGCUGUGUGCGCACAACUGUCUCUAUCGGCUUCGUGCGAUAUGUGCCGUUUGGGCCUUCGUGCGGACACUUGAGCGAUCAAUCGUGCUUGAGGGCAAAUACGAACCAGACAUGGUGGGUCAAAUUCCUGCGGAUCGUUCCCGUGCGUCCUCUUCGUCAGCAUCUCGAUCAAGUUGCGUGGUCAAUGCGCCAAACGAGGCAAGCCACUCUGAGACUCAGCCACUUGCUCAACCUACAGCGCGACGAGGAGUACCGGCUGAGGUGCCACCAGACAUGGAUCCAGAUGAUUAUGAGACUCACCAGAAUAUGGAUGGUGCUAAGGAGGCUUCUGAGGCGGGAGAAGCCUCCGAAGCCAAGAAGAAGGACGAUUCUGAAGCAUCAAAACUGCUUGAAUCAUCCGACACAGUGAAUGCGACAGGCAUACGCCCGUCUAAAAAAGUCGAGGAGGUUUCUGAGACCUCGAAGGAUGAGCGAGGAACCCCAGAAUCACAUGCACCUCCAGCCUCUGAGGCAGGGACUAUGACUGCGCCUGAGCCCAUAAUGGACACUAAUUCAAACGGGACAGAUGUUCAACCGUCAGAAGACCGGAUUGAUCCCGAUAACGCUGUGUCUUCUGACAGCAAGCCAAAACCCCGUAAUGAAUCCCAGGUUUCUGACAAAUCUGGCGAGUCUAAUGGUUCUGGAAAGGGUGAAAGAUCGAAACCCGACGAUGGUGAGUUGAAGCCACCGCCUCCACCAAAGAUACUUUCUCGAACGACGUCCUCAGCAUCGCCGGCACCCAUAUUUCCGACAGCUACGUUGUCGCGGGUCUCGUUCCAAGCUGACCCUGAUCGAAGUGGUUUAUCAUGGGAAGACAGUCUAUGGAUGGAGGUGCUACGGUACAAGGAGCUUUUGUGGAAGGUUCGUGUGGGCGUAGAUCUUGAGAGUCUGGACAUUGUAUAG